AUGCCCGCAUUGAACUCCUCGACACUAACACCAAUUGGAGGCAAUUUUCAAGCAACAGAGGAAAAUCAGGAAACAGCAGAGACGCGCAUCGAACCCACCACUACUGUACCACCUACUGUCGAGCUAGAAAAUGAAAAUCGUGGUUUGGCUGUGGCAAAUUUGGUUCCAGACGAAGCAACCCCUCAGGAUCUGCCCCAGGCUCAAGAUUACAAUCCCGAAAAUGAAAACAGAAGCAGACAAACUAGGAGGAAGCAAUUCAAAACCAAGGUACUCUGGGGAGUCAUUGUCUUGUUGGCCAUUAUUCUCAUUUUGGUGGCCAUUGUGACACUGGGAAAGAAUCAGGAUAAUCUUGUCCCAACCACCGCACCUAGUGAGUUGCCCAGCACCAACCCCUCUCAGGGACCGUCAUCUUAUUCGGAAUACUGGCUGUCACUUUUCCCGGAAUCAACAGUCUCUACAAUUCAGAAGGUCCCAGGAUCACCCCAGUCGAUAGCAUUCAGGUGGCUCUUGGAUGAGAUUGACAUCCUACAACGCCUUGCAGAACAGAGAGUUGUACAACGAUUUGUACUAGCCACAUUCUAUUUUGCCAACAGCGAAGAACGAUGGUUCUUCGGUGACAAUUGGUUGAACCACAGUGUUCAUGAGUGCCUUUGGUAUUCAACUUUGGAGGAAUGGUAUUUCGAAUUUGAAGCCGAUAUCAUUCUCGCAUUGGAUUACGUCAACCCUUGCGAGCAAGAUCCAGCUGGAUACCUAGAGGAUGGUGUGCUCUACCAGGGAGAUGGAAUUCUGAAGCACUUUUGGCUGCAAUAUAAUGGCCUGUCGGGAUCCGGGAUUCCACCUGAGCUCUACUUGCUCACAGACCUCAAGAGCUUGGCAUUGGAUGGAUUGAACCUUGCAAGCACCAUCCCAGAUGAGCUUUUUAACCUUUCAAAUUUGGAGUAUAUCUCGAUGAAUGCAUGUGGGCUGUUUGGCUCCAUUCCUGAGGCACUCGCAAAUCUGUCAACUCUUGAAGCUAUCUACUUCGCCUUCAACUCUUUGACAGGAACUAUUCCAUCAUCCCUGUAUUUCCUUACAAACUCAAUGACAGGCAUACUUUUUUCAGAAAAUCAGCUGACGGGACCAGUUCCAACAGAACUGGGAUUGCUAACUAAUUUGCUGGGUCUAGCACUUGACACCAACCUUUUCACAGGGACAAUUCCCACAGAACUUGGGCAAAUAGCUGGGUUAAGGUCCUUGUUUCUGAGUGGCAAUACUCUGAGUGGCGCUAUGCCAAAUGAGCUUGCAGUUCUUACAGACAUGCUAAUUCUGCAACUGUAUAGCAUUGGUCUUACAGGGACAAUCCCUAGAUGGCUUGGGAACAUGACAUCCAUGGAUGCCUUGAUUCUGGAGACGAACUCCUUUGCUGGGACUAUGCCAACAGAACUUGGCCUGCUGACAAAGAUUUCGGUCUUCCAGCUUGGUGUGAAUAAAUUGUCGGGCACAAUUCCAAGUGAAAUUGGAAUGCACGAGCAAGUGCUUUUUUUGUACUUGCGCAGCAACAACCUGACAGGAACCAUUCCAACAGAGCUUGGUCUGCUUACUGGUGCAUGGCAGUUGUUGCUAAAUGACAAUGACUUGACUGGAACCGUGCCGCUGGAGCUUGGCAAUGUUCCUUUCGUCCAAGCAAAUUAUGGUGACUUCUGGUUGCAUGGAAAUGAUCUUUCUGGUAUUAUCCCUGAGAGCUUGUGUUCUGCCAACAGGCUUGUUUUCGAUUGCAGCAGCCAACUCUGUGGAUGUGACAGGUGCAACUGUUCUAGUUCUGGUAUGAAUAUGGUCCUGUUGGAAGCCGAGAAUCAGAAUGGCACUGGACAGCUUCUUGGUGAGGAGAACCAUACUUCCACCUGA